CCAAAGAGUGAAAAACAGUGCGACCAGCCAGCUCCAGUCAUUCCGGCUGACCUCCGGCACUUACAUGUGCCUCACGACUUACGGAUCAGGUCCUCCCGUUUGCCCUGUUGCGACUCCGGCUAUUGUGGCCAUCAAGGACAGCUUGUAUUGCCAAGACUGGCCUCUCCACCAAUCUCAGCAACAAAUCAUUGACGCAUGUUUGCACACGAGCCUGGUGGGACAAGAAUGAUACCCAAUACAAUUCCUGUUCCAUGAAGAGCCGGACCUCUCCCCGCUCCUUUGCCACUUCAUUGAACAAGCACAAGUGGCACCUACACGUCGGCCGGCGCAUGGACGAGUGAAUCAGGGACUCGCCCGCGAACCAACAACCCCUUGUCGAUGCCAUCGAAUCAAAACAAGGAAGAGAAGUCUUGCCGGUUGCAACUCCCAACCUUGCCAUGCCCGGGAGGGAACGUGCUGCUGGCUUUCGUGGCGCCCACUCAGAACGCCCCUUUUCUCGGAUUGAGAGUCCAGUCAGUGUCUCAAGGCAAUCAAUCCAUCUCGGGCAAAUCUAGAAAUUCAGGCCAACAUCCCCGUCCGUGGGCGACGCACAGAUGUUCAUUCACCCUCGACACGCCCCCGGAGCCAGGGUCGGAGGGUGUGUUUCGUUACUUCGGCUGCGACGUUGCUGCUCAUUCCGCACCGAGGUCACCAUUCCAGAACAAACGAGCACAGGUCAGACAGGAUGGAUCACCGUGUCCCGGUCCCAGUAUGGGCUGUGGACCGACCCAUGUCGUUCUGGAAGCCAAGGAAUCAGCCCAGUGGCGCUCGGUUCUAGAAGCCUUCCCGUUUCGGCAUCCAAUUCCACUCGCUGCCACCCAACCAUUUACCAGGUGCCCACCAUCUUCCUCCAGCUGUCCAACUCCACACACCACCAAACGCCUCCUCCAACCGGCCUCGCCGUGUCCCCAUCGCCUCACCAGGGGAAAGAGUGAAAAAAAAAAAUAUGCCACAAUCAUCCUACGCGCCAGCUGGCCGCACCAACACCAACCAGCUCCCUUAGGAUCCAUUCUCUGGCCGAGAAAAUUUUUGUCCCUAUUUACCCGUUCUCCUUCCCCUUACCUCUUGGGGGCAACGGCGUAUCCUCUGUUCGCGUCGUAUUAUUAGCCCACAUCGCGACGGGCCGCAUCCAACAGGGUCCCCCAAAGCAGCAGAAGAAUGGCGAAAAGCGACGAAAAAGUGCGGACCGGCUCAUGAUGGCCCGGUUGGAGACGGAUGGCGCCGGGUAAACUGGUGUUUUCCUCUCUGUUGGCCCCUUGGGUUUCCACU